GCGUGCGCAUUUCCCUCUCCACUUCCAACCUCAAAGAAAAAAUUUGUGGAGAAAUCUGAGUUGAGGUCUACAAUAAACAAUUAGCAAAUAAUAAUAACGAUAAAUCAGCCACCAUGCAGGGAAUGUCGAUGAAAUCAAUCCUGAAAAAUCCAUCUCUGAUCCCGUUGUUCACCUGCUUUGGAAUUGGUCUCGUUGGAUCAGCGGCUUAUCUUUUACGUUUGGCAGUUGCCAAUCCCGAUGUAUCUUGGCAGCCAAAAAAAAAUCCUGAGCCAUGGCAGGCGUACAAGAACAAGGAGUACAAGCUUAUCUCGAUAGCUGAUACAAAUAAAGUCGACAAAGUCAAGAUCCCAGAGUACUAAAUCUAUUAUCCAUGUAAGAUUAAUCUUAGGGAUGUAGUAACUCUAAUUGCUCUUUAAGCUGAUGCUCAGCUGCAGGAAUAUUGUGAUUGCAAAAACAAUUAAACACUCAUCGUUUCUCCAUUGAAUAUACCAAUCGAUCUCUCUGCAUCUCCAGCAGCUUGAUGAGGAUAUUAUUAUUAAGGAGAUAAUGUUGUUUCCAGAGUGAAAAAUAAAGUGUAAAAAUAUCCAUUAA